AUGCCUAUUAUCAGCAAUGCCAACCACGACUUCACCAACUACUCAAUUAGCAGUGAUGACAGUAGCCUUGACAGAUUCUUCACUGAGAUCCCAGAAACAGAGUCCAUCAAGGGGGUGUACUUCCAGCGGGCCCAGCUACUACGUGACCCAAAGGCCUCACACGUGGUUGAUCACACUCUUCAAGUCCUCAUCAAUGUUGGGGGUAAUCGAUACACCUUCCCUUGGAGCACACUGGAGCAAUUCCCCCAGAGUCGCCUGGGACGCCUGCGCUUCUGCACCACCCCUGAGGAGAUUGCACACCUGUGUGAUGACUAUGAUGAGACAUGCAAGGAAUACUUCUUUGACCGCAACCCGACAGCUUUCCAGGUCAUCCUCAACUUCCUUGCAGCUGGGAAAUUACGUCUGCUCAGGGAAUUGUGUGCCGUUUCUCUGCAUGACGAGCUUGACUACUGGGGCGUUGACCCAGGUCAUAUGGAGCGGUGUUGCCGUCGUCGCAUGAUCACCCGUGUGGAAGAGGUGGCCGAGCGAGAGCGUAAAGAAGAGGAGUGGAGACAGAAGAGGAUGAUGCUGAAAAAAAACACAGCAGAAGUGGACAGAGGCCACUGCAAGCUGAUCUGGAUGCUGCGGGAAGUGGUGGAAAACCCUCACUCAGGGUUGGCAGGAAAGAUAUUUGCCUGCCUCUCUGUCAUGAUGGUGCUGGUCACGGUGGUCAGCCUGUGUAUCAGCACCAUGCCAGACCUCAGAGAUGAAGAAACUAGGGGCGAAUGUUCCCAGAAGUGUCACAGCAUGUUUGUGGUGGAGUCCAUCUGUGUAGGCUGGUUCACUUUCGAAUUUGUGCUGCGAUUUGUGAACGCCCAGAGCAAGCUGGCCUUUGCUCGUGGGCCCCUCAACAUCAUUGAUGCCAUUGCCAUCCUGCCCUACUAUGUAUCGUUGGUGGUGGACGUCAACGAUGAGUCCCAAGAGGAAGUCGUCAUGGGUGCUGGUAGAGGCUACCUGGACAAAUUGAGUCUCAUUCUUCGCUUGCUGCGCGCGCUGCGCAUCCUAUAUGUUAUGCGGCUUGCUCGUCACUCCCUGGGCUUGCAAACACUGGGCCUGACCAUGCAACGCAGCAUGAGGGAGUUCGGCCUACUGCUGCUAUUUGUCUGCGUGGCCGUUACUCUUUUCUCACCCUUGGUCCACCUUGCAGAAAUCGAACUGGCGCCAUAUGCCGCUACCCAUCCAGAACACAGCUUCAGCAGUAUCCCGGCUACUUACUGGUGGGCAAUCAUCUCUAUGACAACUGUUGGUUAUGGAGACAUGGUCCCCCGCAGCAUCCCUGGACAGAUGGUGGCAUUGACCAGUAUCCUGAGUGGUAUACUCAUCAUGGCAUUCCCCGCCACUUCCAUCUUCCAUACCUUCUCUCGCUCCUAUCAGGAGCUGAAGCAGGAGUACGAUAGGCUUUGGAAGGAGGAGAGAGGCGAGGAAAUAGCCGCAGAGUCGGAAGAGAGGUGCCCCAAAGUUGAGUUGACAUCAAAUGAGCACACAUCUCUAUCUAGAGUAGACAAUUUUGAGCUAAUGACAGACAGAGAUGAUCAUUCUACUCUUCCAAGUACAGCUUUCUAACAGAUCAGUAAUCUUGGAAAUGCAUGAAAAUACCAAUUCUGUUG